CAGGUGCCGGAGAAACAUCAAGUCAAACCGUCUCGCAGAUUCAUCAGGAAAAGGUGUCGAUAGCAAGUCGAAAACAUCCAAACUCUGACUUUUAAAGUACUCGUAUAAGUGAAAUCGCUCGUAUUUGUUUUCGCUUUCCUUCUAAACGCGACAAGAAGUUAUCAGGAAAUUGCCAAUAUGCCGGAAAAACAUGUGGCGACUGUUAUCCAGGAUCUGAAAGGAUUUGAGGACAAUUUACCCAACCGGAUCGAUUUAUCGUAUCCGAUUGCCGUACUUUUGGACUACGAUGGCACCCUGGCUCCAAUAGCAGAUAAUCCCGCCAAGACCAAAAUGCCUGUAGAACUGGAAGCCAUAAUCCACAAGUUGGCCCAGAAUCCCCGAGUAUUUUUAGCUGUGAUCUCUGGCCGAGGACUCAAGGACGUCCAGAAACAGGUGAACAUCGAUGGAGCCAUCUAUGCCGGAAACCAUGGACUGGAAAUCGAGUACCCCGAUGGCUCCAGACACGACUACGAAUUGCCCAAGGAAAUCCAGAAAAACUACACAGAUAUGGUGGCGGAACUCAAGCAAAAGGUGGAGAAGAAUGGAGCUUGGGUUGAGGAUAAGAAGGUUUCGCUCACCUAUCACUACAGGGAUACUCCCGUUGAACUCAAGGAUGAACAGAAACAGUUGGCCUCGGAGAUCUGCAAAAAGUACGGAUUCAGAGCAAAUCAGGCCCACGAAGCUAUCGAAGCUAAGCCCCCAGUAAAUUGGAACAAAGGAGAGGCGGCUUUGUACAUCCUGAAACAGAAAUUCGGUGAUAAUUGGCCACAGGUUAUAAAUGUUGUAUUUGCUGGAGAUGACACCACCGAUGAAGAUGCCAUGAGAGCCCUCCAAGGCGUCGGUUGCUCAUUUAGAAUUUCUGCAGAUCCUCAGAUCCAGACUUUCGCGGAUUUCCGAUUGCCCCAACAGGCUGUAAUGACGGAUCUGCUUAAAUGGAUAGCUGGUGCUUAUGUUUCCUAGAUUUAUUAGAUUUUUGUUAAAUUAGAAAUGUUUAUUUGAAUAAUAUCAGUUUUUAGAUUUGUUCUAAAAGAGGUAAUUUACUUUGCAUAAAGAUCUAUGUUAAUUAAUCGGUACAUUUCGAUACUGUGUAAUUGUUUAUGUAUAAAUAGUAAAAAUUAAAUAAAAACCAAAUAUGUUCUUAUUAAAAAA